CCCAUUAUGCAACUUUUCAAAUCACUUUUUGUCAACAACCGCCUUUGACGUGAGGCUUGGGAGGGUGGUUCCAGUGGCAUUUAUAUGGGGCCAUAACGGUGCCACUGCACAUAUACAGGAGAAAGUCGCACACUUUCCAUCCAAAGGAGGAGGAUUUGUUUUGUUCCACACAACAGCAUGUCUACAUUUUGCCGGCGAUGGCCACUGUGGAAGACUCAGAAAGGUGAGACGCAACAAAAAUGGGCCCCCUUCGCUACAAUCGUGUCCGUGUUGGUAGCCUUGAGUUAUGCUACAGAUGCAUUUCCCGACUGCCAUAUUACCAAAAUAAAUAACCUGAUGGUCACCAACUGCCAAGGCCAAGGCCAUAGAUCAGUCCCUCGUGUGAAUAUGUCCACUCAAGUCCUCUUGUUGAAUUUUAACAUCUUAUCCACCAUCCAGAUUUCUUCGUUCCCAAGGAUGAGCGCCCUGAAGAUGCUAUCAGUGGGGAAGCAAUUGGGAGGUGCUCUCUUUGUGGGAGAGAGGGCCUUUGCAAAUGUACCCAACAUCACUUUCCUGGACUUGGGGGGCAAUGGGAACUUGUCGUUACACCCCAAAGCACUCCAUGGUUUGUCCAAAUUAGAGGUAUUACACUUAGAUGUUAAUGGUUUUGAUAAUGGAAUACUGGAAAGAGGCUAUUUCCAGGAUCUUUUGUCAUUGAAAACAUUGGACCUUACUGGAAACCACAUCAAUCGGCUGAGACCAGAUCCAACCUUCCAAAAGCUCAAAAAAUUGAGUAUUCUUCAGCUGAAACUCAACAAGAUUGGGGCAAUUUGUGGGAAUGACCUACAAUAUCUCAGUGGGCGCCAUUUGACCUUGCUUGACUUGUCCUCCAACCGAUUGUCGCGUUAUCCUUCCUGUAUCAACCCAUUUCACAACAUCACCCUGGGCACCCUGGACAUCUCUUCCAACAUAUGGAAUGUGGUGCAGGUUGAACAGUUCUUCAAAAGGCUGAAUGGCACAAGGAUCCAGAAUCUCAAGAUGCAACAUUCAGGAGCCAUUGGGAGUGGGUUCGAUUUCCAUAACAUAAAAGACAUCUCAGCCAGCACUUUCUCUGGAUUGCGUCACAGUGGUAUCCUCACUUUUGACAUGUCUCAUGGCUUUCUCAGUGUACUGAAUGCCUCUGUUUUCUCAAGUUUUCCAGAUCUCAACACCUUGCUCUUGAGAUUCAACAAGAUUAAUAAGAUUCAGGAUGGGGCAUUUGCAGGGUUAAACAAGCUCCAAGUUCUUGAUUUGUCCAACAAUCUUCUCGGAGAGAUCUACACAAAGGGACUGCAAAAAUUGAGGUCUUUUCCACUGCAGCGUCUCAUCCUGAAGUCCAACCACAUCGGUAUUGUUCAGUAUGGUGCCCUGACUGGUCUAAACACUUUGCAAUUUCUUGACCUUCAAGACAAUGCUCUUGUCCGAGUCCCCACUGGGAAUCUCCCUUCCUUGUUGAAUCUUAAUUUGGGGCAAAACAGGAUCACGGAUCCCUGGGGUAUAGAACAACUUGGCAAAAAUCUGAUACGUCUUGAUUUCUCCUCCAACCGUCUAAGUGACCUGGAGGAUGUCUGGAAUCAUGUAGCAAAAAUUCCCACAUUAAAUUUCCUGAAUCUCUCAAGUAACCACUUGGCAAGGUGUUUGAGAGUAGAGAAAUCUCCUAGGCAACUUGAAGAACUGGAUCUUUCCCACAACAAUCUGGAAAAAAUUUGGAACAGACAGAAAUGCAUAGACAUCUUCCAGCAUUUGGAGAAACUAGUUGUUCUGAAUCUCAGCUCUAAUCACCUUCAAGACUUGCCUGGAAAUCUUUUCCACAGUUUGGUGUCUCUAGAAAUCCUGAACCUCAGUGCCAACAUGUUGCACAGGCUUCCAGACCAGGUUUUCCAUAGUUUGAAAUCCCUGCAUACUCUCAGUGUCCGUGGGAACCCCUUGAUGACACUCUCGCUUUCCUCGUUUCAGCCACUGGUGCGAUUGCAAUUCCUGGAUCUGAGGGAGCUGUCUUUCGUUUGCAGUUGUGACCUUAAAGAUUUCCAGAACUGGCUGUGGUACAAAAAGGCAACAGUGAGUGGAACUGAGCUUCUCUUGACUUGCAUUCAGACCAGCUUUAAUUUCCAGAGGCAAUUCCUGCCUCAGUUCCUACAAAACAAGUGUGUCCCUUAGCCGAUGGACACGUUGUCCCUCUCUGCGUACCGGGUUUUGGAGCCAGGGGUGUUUGAACAAAAAUGUCAGUGAAGCCCCUUCUUCUUGGGACUACAACUCUGAGAAUUCCCAGCCAGCACAAAAUUAUGAAGCAAGCAGGACUUUCUCCUGUCCUGGAAAUAAAGUAGUGGGAACAAUUUGGCUGGAAAUUAUGGGAGUUGUAAUUGCAGUACAAACCAUUGUGCUGGGAAAGUUUGUUGUAAUCUAAGUGAAUGUAAAACAAUAGAGGCAGGUGAAUAAUUUGUCUACACUGCAACUCUCUGAGCUCAGCUUGUAUAUUUAUAAAUAAACUAACACUUUAGAAAAUAA